CCUGCCAUUGAGCCAACCAACUGGUGUGUGUGUCCACUCCACUCCACUCCACUCCACUCCACUCCUUGGAACUGCAGGAAGAGAGCGAAGGGGGGAAGAACCUCCCCGGCCGAGUCCUGUGCCUGGUCUGCUGAUCACUUCACUUUGCUGUCUCCCGGAGAUGAAUCCACUCGCUCGUCUUCCACAUCUCACUGUCCUCUUCCUCCUCACUCAUUGUGUUUCAGCUGCGGUGGAAGAUGGAUGAUGUGUUGAAUAGGUUGGUUAUCAUUCGUUUUCCAGCUCCUGAACAAGAAACAAUUAGCAGUUUGAUAACAACGCGAGCUUAUUUACUCUGCGGUCCGAUAAACUCUCCUCGCAUUCACAGUACCUUUUACCUUUCUUAACUCGCUACAUAAAUUAUUUUCUGCUCGCCCAUCGCUGCAAUUAUCUCUUGUAGCUCUGAAAGCAUCCAACCCUCUUGCUUCUUGUCCUCUUGCUUUACCUACUUCGUGAGAUGUUGCAGCUCUGCAGCUGGAGUUGUUGAUAUAUAAUAAUUAUCUAUUGUUCCAUUGUAUUCCGCUUGAGUUGCAACUACUCUUUUAAUUUCUACUUCAUGUGCAUUUACUCUAAACCAUUUUGUCAUAUACUGAGUGUCAUUAUUAAUUAACCGCGACGUAUCUGGCGUUUGAAGAAAUGGUAAUGACAUGCCUGCCCUACGGAUAUGGUUCCUUCAUUUGUUUUGUAAACAUUGAACAGGGUUUCAAGUGGUCCUUUUGUUUUACAUAAAAGCAGCAACCUUUAGCUGCUUGUAUCACUUGCCGGUUAACCAAUGUAAACAAUGUGAACUUUAGAAAAAGCAAAAGCUUGACGCCGAUCGAGAUGAAGAUUAAACAAAGAAAUAGUCUUUAUCUUCUGCAUCGUGUAACUGAGAAAGUAGGCAAUGUUGGACUUGUUGCAAUGCCUAUUCGUCUGCGCUUGGCUAAUGGCGCACUUCCCCAUGCUCUUUUGUGUUUUUGGUCUGCCACUGGCAUCGCCAUGCCAUCCCCUAGCUCAUAAUGCUGCAUGCUAUUGCUACCUGACUACGGCUUGAUUAGCAACGGGGAUUUCGAGACUACGCCAGCGCCUUCGGGCGGGACCGCCAGCAGUGACCUGGGCGAAGGAAUUACCUCCCUUCCCGGUUGGACCGUCAAUGGCACCGUCGAGCUCGUGGAGUCAGGCCAAAAGCAAGGCGGCAUGAUUCUUAUCGUUCCUGAAGGAUCGCGUGCACUGCGGCUGGGCAACGAGGCGCAGAUAUCGCAGGGUCUGCAGCUGGAGAAAGGGGCGUCGUACGCGGUCACGUUUAGUGCCGCGCGGACAUGCGCGCAACUGGAGUCGCUUAACGUGUCGGUGUUUCCGGCAGCGUCGACGGUGGACCUGCAGACGCUGUACAGCGUCGAGGGGUGGGACGCCUACGCCUGGGCUUUCCAGGCCGAGGCCGACGACGGCACCGACUCACUGCUAAGCUUUAAGAAUCCGGGAAUGGAAGACGAUCCCACUUGUGGCCCUAUCAUCGACAGCAUCGCCAUUAAGAAGCUCUUCACUCCCGAAAGACCCAAAGACAACGCCGUCGUGAACGGGGACUUUGAGGAAGGUCCGUGGAUGUUCCAAAACGCCAGCCUCGGCGUUCUUCUUCCCACCAACCUCGAGGAGGCCAUGUCGGCUCUCCCGGGCUGGUUGGUGGAGUCCAAUCGUGCGGUGCGGUACAUUGACUCUAACCACUUCGUCGUUCCUCAAGGAAAGCGCGCCGUCGAGCUUCUCUCAGGCAAGGAAGGCAUCAUCUCGCAGAUGGUGGAGACGACUCCCGACAAGCAGUACAGCCUCACCUUCACCGUCGGCGCCGCCGGAGACUCCUGCCAAGCGCCGCUAGCGGUCAUGGCCUUCGCCAGCGACCAGGCGCAGAACUUCCACUACGCCCCCACCGGCAACGCCACUAGCCAGCUGGCCAAUAUCACCUUCACGGCGCGCGCCGAACGCACGCGCAUUGCCUUCUACAGCGUCUACUACAACACUCGGAGCGAUGACCACAGCUCGCUCUGCGGCCCCGUUGUGGACGACGUCAGGGUUUGGGGCGUCUCCAGCACGGUCACUUUGACGCGCGCUUGCGCCGCGUCUCUUCUCAGUCUGCUCGUUACUGUGCUCAUGGUGGUAACAGCCUGAAUACCCGUCGAUUGCAGUCUAAGCUGUCGAAGCCAAGUCUCAACCGAUUUGCUGCUCCGGUGUUUGAUGAAAUUACUCUGUGUGAUCGUCUUAGCUCUCAAUAUCGUACGAGAGCAAAUGUGAUGUUAGUGGUAUCGAGUUUUGCUUAGUUUUCUUUAGUAUUUGGAGAUCAACCCACCUAUGCGAAAGAGCAACCUCAUAUUCUCAGUCACUCUGGUAUCCGAUCACAAGUUAAAAAUAUAAUUUGACGCGUAUUAUGCUACA